GAAGGCAGGAGGCGGCGAUCCCGGCGGAGGGGGCCGUUCGCCAGCUCCGAGGCAGAAAGUGCCACGACUCCACACACGCGCACGCAGCCAGCUAGCGGCCGGAGCGGACGGCGGACGGGGCGGGCGGCGUCGGGGUCGCGGUGUCUGCAGCUGCUCGGGGGUGGCUUUUCGGCGGAGGCUCGGCCGGCUUCUCUCUCCCGGUUCCGCGGCGGCGACGCGGCUUCUGCCCUCACGCUCUCCCUCCCGCUUCUCAGGCUGCAGGUGAACGGAAAAUAAGCCAGAAUGGACAUUUACGACACUCAAACCUUGGGGGUUGUGGUCUUUGGUGGAUUUAUGGUUGUUUCUGCCAUUGGCAUCUUCCUGGUGUCAACCUUCUCCAUGAAGGAGACGUCAUAUGAAGAAGCUCUAGCCAACCAGCGCAAGGAGAUGGCAAAAACUUAUCACCAGAAAGUAGAGAAGAAAAAGAAGGAGAAAACGAUAGAGAAGAAAGGAAAGACCAAGAAAAAGGAUGAGAAACCCAACGGGAAGAUACCUGACCAUGAGCCAGCCCCAAACAUGACCAUCCUCCUCAAAGACCCAGUACGGGCACCUGCAAUGGCUGUGGCUCCAACCCCGGUCCAACCCUCUGUGGUCAUUACCCCUAUAGCCACGGUACCAGCCAUGCCCCAAGAGAAGCUGGCCUCCUCCCCUAAGGACAAAAAGAAGAAAGAGAAAAAAGUAGCAAAAGUGGAACCAGCAGUCAGUUCUGUAGUGAAUUCUAUCCAGGUUCUGGCCUCAAAGGCUGCCAUCUUGGAAACUGCUCCUAAGGAGGUGCCCAUGGUGGUUGUGCCUCCAGUGGGCUCCAAGGCCACUGGUGCUAUGCAGGGCAAAAAGGCAGAAGGGACCCAGAACCAGGGCAAAAAGGCAGAGGGAACUCCCAACCAGGGCAAAAAGGCAGAGGGGCCACAGAACCAGGGCAAAAAGGCAGAGGGAACUCCCAACCAGGGCAAAAAGGCAGAGGGGGCUCAGAACCAGGGCAAAAAGGCAGAGGGGAUCCAGAACCAGGGCAAAAAGGCAGAGGGGACCCAGAACCAGGGCAAAAAGGCAGAGGGAACCCAGAACCAGGGCAAAAAGGCAGAGGGGGUCCAGAACCAGGGCAAAAAGGCAGAGGGGGCCCAGAACCAGGGCAAAAAGGCCGAAGGAACCUCCAACCAGGGUAAAAAGGCAGAGGGGGCCCCCAAUCAGGGCAAAAAGGCAGAAGGAGCCCCCAACCAGGGCAAAAAACAGGAGGGGUCCCCAGACCAGGGCAAAAAGGCAGAAGUUGUUCAGAAUCAGAGCAAAAAGGUUGAGGGAACUCCCAACCAGGGCAAAAAGGCAGAGGGAGCCCAGAACCAAGGCAAAAAGGCAGAGGGAGCCCAGAACCAAGGCAAAAAGGCAGAGGGAGCCCAGAACCAAGGCAAAAAGGCAGAGGGAGCCCAGAACCAAGGCAAAAAGGCAGAGGGAACCCAGAACCAGGGUAAAAAGGCAGAAGGCACCUCCAACCAAGGUAAAAAGGCAGAGGGGGCUCCCAACCAGGGCAAAAAGGGAGAGGGGGCCCAAAAUCAGGGCAGAAAGGCAGAGGGGGCUCCCAACCAGGGCAAAAAGGGAGAGGGGGCCCAGAAUCAGGGCCAAAAGGUGGAGGGGGGCCAGAACCAGGGCAAAAAGGCAGAUGGGGCCCAGAACCAGGGCAAAAAGGCAGAUGGGGCCCAGAACCAGGGCAAAAAGGGAGAGGGGGCCCAGAAUCAGGGCCAAAAGGUGGAGGGGGCCCAGAAUCAGGGCAAAAAGGCAGAAGGGGCCCAGAAUCAGGGCAAAAAGGCAGAGGGGGCCCAGAAUCAGGGCAAAAAGGCAGAGGGGAGCCAGAAUCAGGGCAAAAAGGCAGAGGGGGCCCAGAACCAGGGCAAAAAGGCAGAAGGGGCCCAGAAUCAGGGCAAAAAGGCAGAGGGGGCCCAGAAUCAGGGUAAAAAGGCGGAUUCAGUUGCUAAUCAGGGCACAAAGGUGGAGGGUACUGCAAACCAAGGGAAAAAAGCAGAUGGGCCCUCCAACCAAGGCAAGAAGGCAGAGGGAACCCCAAACCAGGGCAAAAAGUCAGAAGGGUCCCCCAACCAGGUCAAAAAGGUGGAUGCAUCUGCCAAUCAGGGUAAAAAGGCAGAGUCAGCUCCUAACCAGGGCAAAAAGGCAGAUAUGGUUCAGAGCCAGGAGGCACCAAAGCAAGAGGCUCCUGCAAAGAAGAAGUCUGGUUCAAAGAAGAAAGGUGAGCCUGGGUCCCUGGACACCGACAGUCCUCUCUGCCUCCCCUACAAGACGCUGGUCUCCACGGUUGGAAGCAUGGUGUUCAACGAGGGUGAGGCCCAGCGGCUAAUUGAGAUCCUGUCUGAGAAGGCUGGUGUCAUUCAGGACACCUGGCAUAAGGCCACUCAGAAGGGCGACCCUGUGGCGAUUCUGAAACGCCAGCUGGAAGAGAAGGAAAAGCUGCUGGCCACAGAGCAGGAAGACGCGGCUGUUGCCAAGAGCAAACUGAGGGAACUCAAUAAGGAGUUGGCAGCAGAAAAGGCAAAGGCAGCAGCUGGGGAGGCCAAGGUGAAAAAGCAGCUGGUGGCCAAGGAUCAGGAGAUGACAGCUGUGCAGGCCCGAAUGCAGGCCAGCUACCGGGAUCACAUGAAGGAGGUGCAAGAGCUACAGGGCAAGGUCCGGACACUUCAGGAACAGCUGGAGAAUGGCCCUAACACACAGCUGGCCCGCCUGCAGCAGGAGAACUCCAUCCUGAGGGACGCCUUGAACCAAGCGACGAGCCAGGUGGAAAGCAAGCAGAACGCGGAGCUAGCCAAGCUCCGGCAGGAGCUCAGCAAGGUGAGCAAGGAGCUGGUGGAGAAGUCAGAGACAGCACGGCAAGAGGAGCAGCAGCGGAAGGCUCUGGAGGCCAAAGCAACUGCCUUCGAGAAGCAGGUCUUGCAGCUGCAGGCAUCUCACAAGGAGAGUGAGGAAGCCCUGCAGAAGCGCCUGGACGAGGUCAGCCGGGAGCUCUGCCGCUCGCAGACCAGCCACGCCAGUCUCCGGGCAGAUGCUGAGAAGGCCCAGCAGCAGCAGCAGCAGCUGGCCGAGCUGCACAGCAAAUUACAGUCCUCCGAGGCGGAGGUGAAGAGCAAGUGCGAGGAGCUGAGUGGUCUACACGGGCAGCUCAAGGAGUCCAGGGCAGAAAAUUCACAGCUCACUGAGAGGAUCCGGUCCAUCGAAGCCCUGCUGGAGGCAGGCCAGGCCCAGGAUGCCCAGGCCAGCCAAGUGGAGGCCGACCAGCAGCAGGCACGCCUCAAGGAGUUGGAGUCCCAGGUAUCAUGUCUGGAAAAGGAGGCCACCAACCUCAAGGAGGCGGUUGAGCAGCAGAAAGUGAAGAACAAUGACCUCCGGGAGAAGAACUGGAAGGCGAUGGAGGCCCUGGCCUCAGCCGAGAGAGCCUUCGAAGAGAAGCUGCGCUCCCUGACCCAGGCCAAGGAGGAAUCCGAAAAGCAGCUCACGCUGACUGAGGCACAGACCAAGGAGGCGCUGCUGGCUCUGCUCCCAGCACUUUCCAACUCAGCCCACCAGAAUUACACUGAGUGGCUCCAAGAACUCAAAGAGAAAGGCCCAGAACUGCUGAAGCAGCCGCCAGUGAACACAGAGCUGCCCUCGGACCUGGCCUCCAAGCUGAGGGAGGCUGAGGAGACCCAGAGCAGCCUGCAGGCCGAGUGUGACCAGUACCGCACCAUCCUGGCAGAGACAGAGGGUAUGCUCAGACACCUGCAGAAGAGUGUGGAGGAGGAGGAGCAGGUGUGGAAGGCCAGAGUCAGCACCGCAGAGGAGGAGCUCCAAAAGUCACAGGUCACAGUGAAACAUCUUGAAGAGAUUGUAGAGAAGCUAAAAGGAGAACUUGAAAGUUCAGAUCAGGUGAGGGAGCACACCUCGCAUCUGGAGGCAGAGCUGGAGAAGCACAUGGCAGCCGCUAGCGCCGAGUGCCAGAGCUACGCGCAGGAGGUGGCGGGGUUGAGGCAACUUUUAUUAGAAUCUCAAUCUCAGCUGGAUGCAGCCAAGAGUGAAGCCCAGAAACAGAGCAAUGAGCUUGCCCUGGUCAGGCAGCAGUUGAGUGAGAUGAAGAGCCACGUAGAGGAUGGUGACGUAGCUGGGUCUCCAGAGGCCCCCCCAGCAGAGCAGGACCCUGUCGAGGUUAGGGCGCUGAAGACGCAGUUGGAGCGGACAGAAGCCAUCCUGGAGGAUGAGCAGACGCAGCGGCAGAAGCUCACAGCUGAGUUUGAGGAGGCUCAGAAUGCAGCGUGCCGGCUACAGGAGGAAUUGGAGAAGCUCCGUGCCAGUGCCUUGGACUCAGCAGAAGCAGAGGCAGCCACACAGUUGAAGGAGAGACUAGAAAAAGAGAAGAAGUUAACGAGUGACCUGGGACGUGCAGCCACCAAAUUACAGGGGCUUUUGAAGACGUCCCAGGAGCAGCUGGCAAAGGAGAAAGAGACAGUGAAGAAGUUGCAGGAGCAGCUGGACAAAUCAGACGACGGUAGCAGCUCAAAGGAGGGCACCUCUGUCUGAGUCUCCUCUGUGGAAAAAGAAGUUACUGUUCAACUUACCAAAAUGCCUUAUACAUUCCUUACAAAUACACAAACCAACACAGCGUUAUCCAGGCCCAACUCCAGUGGCUCUGAGAGAAGCCAUUAGAGACAGUCUCUUAGAACCACAGAAGUAGAUCUUCCAGACCAGACCCCCUGUUUGUAAAAGAACCCGUCACAUUCGAUAAACACUAUUCCCCAGGAUCAGCCCUGGACCACCACAGAGCAGACACCAAAGCCCUUAUCAGCUGUGACAGACCCCGGGUGUGUGCUGGGGAGGCCGGGACCUCUGGCUGUCUGUAUGUCGAGAUCAGUGCAAUUGUUUUGUCUUUCAAUGGGUCGGGGGCCGGGAGGCGGGCAGACCAGGUGGUGAGUCUCAAAGGCUGUGGCACAGACUGGAGGGGCCCGGCCCAGCCCAGCAAGGCAGCAGCCCCUCACCCCUGGAAGAAGUUGCCAACCAGAACUGAUAAGUGACCUCCUGGAUGUUGUAUCAUUAAAACCAACAUUGUCGCCCGGCA